AUGGCCGAUGCGGCGAAGAAGAAACGUCAGGCUCAGUCGCCAGAUCGUGGAGCAGCAUCAAAGCGAUCUCGCGUACACUCAGUCAGCCCCUCAACCCAUUCUCAAUCUACUAGACACGACCGCCAAUCCUCUAGUGCAAAUCAGUCCAACAAUGCCCGCUUCGUCGAAAACCCAGCUCAAGCGACGUCCCUGCCUACUGCGGAGGACUGGACCUUCCGCAUCAAGGUUCUAACGUCUGCCACGGACCUCGAAAACGAUUUGUUCAAGGAUGCAGUACGAGGUCUAGUCCGAAUGUGCUUUCCAGACGGCGUCCUAGAGCAGCUAGGUCCAUCGGUAGUGCAGCGGCAUAUGCGCGAGUUUAACGCCGAACCUGCGAAUAUACAAAACAUGUCGAAGGUUUUUGAGCAAGAGAUGGUGCAGCGAUUGAUAUCCUUGCUUGUCAAAUAUCUCGAUACACCGGCGAAGGUUGUCUCGGCUGUGCGAGAUAUGGUUGCAGCCACUGAAAGAGCACAUUCAGCGAGUAUCGGAGACGUCGUAGGGCAAAUCACAAAUGGCCUUGCUCAGUUGAGUGAAACGGCUCUGGACGGUGCAACCAACUGGUUGACUGGCAGCGAUACUCACCAUGAUGUACCCAAUGGCGACGAAAAUACGAACCCUAACAGUGCCAUAAUCGACGAGCCCUCACGACCACGGAAGAUAAAAAAGUCACAGAAAAAUUCGAAGCCCCAGAAGUCUACGAAAUCACAAGAUGAUGGGAAUGAACUGGAGGAUGGGCCAGCAGAUGUUGACUUGUCAACGACAAAAAUGGGAAAGAACAAACAGAAAGACAGGAAGAUCUCAUCCACAUGGGAUUGGAAUGUUGAUCCGAACGAUAUCACGGGUGAUGCCAUUGCCCAAGCCUUUCCACGCACGGCCGACUUAUUUGCAUAUCAUGCACUGCCAAUCACCAAGCGAAAAUUGGGGCCUCAUGCAUCAAGAAAGGAUCUACGAGUCGAUAUGCAGUCAAUUCUCAAUGAAAUGCAUCAGGAAGAUUUUGAUAAAUGGGCCAAGAGUCUCGAAAACCUGAUCAACGGCGACCGCCUAAUACUAGUUCGUGUCGAGCCUGUCAUUCCAAAUGAUAACGAACUAUCCCGCCAAACGCCCCCUCCAGUUCCAUCCAAGGUAGUUAGGGGACAUGGUGAUAUACUCGAGAGGUCGAGUGCCCAUAUAAAACGCGAGUUCGCUGAAAGUUCAGGUGAAACGCUGCGGAACAUGGAGCACGCCUCGUCUAACGCGGCAGUCGCGCAGGCCACGGCUAUCUCCCGGCACUUGUCAACGGAAGAUUCGGACUUUGAACCACCCAUCGCCAGUGUAGAGGCUGCAGACGAAAAUCAUGGUAGAGGCUCUCAGACCAACGAAGUUAUCGAUAGUGCCUUCGGCAUGCCCGUUCUGCAAUUACUGUGGGGCAGCGACACAUUGACCCCAGAGCAGUGCAUCAGCGAUGGUGGGAAGAUCACGGAUACUAUUAUGCACAAUCUCCAACGUCGAGUGUCAGCGGAUCGCAUAGUUGUGAGUGGCCUCGGUGGCGCCAACAAGACACGCACAAAGUCUGAGCUCCAGAACAGCAUCCUUCAUUCAUUCCCGAUAAAAGGCCAAUCAUUUAGCUAUAUGAGAAUCAAGAAGAAUAUAGAGAUGUCGUUGGUACCCUGGGUCGUUGCGGAGCCAAAAGCCUUUCCCGAACUCAAAGCCAUGUCCUUUGUCUUUGCUCAUACAAUGCCGUCUGUUCUAGUCGUCCUAAAUCUGUUGUUCGGCUCUUGGCUGACUGUAUCCAUGUUGAGCGGAUCUCAGAUGUGGGAAGAAAUUCUGAGAGCUCUACAACAAAGAGGCAUUUCUGAAGCAUCUGUCGGCGCUGCCAACAUCGACUGUUUGCAAAUCGACAGCCUUUGUAAUGACCGUAGGCACCCGGAGACUACACGGCGUGCACUCCUCGAACGCGUUCUUCGUCGCUUGGCAUUUUCGCACAGGGACAGAUUUAUGGAGCUGAAGGUUACACCGGUAGUGAAGACGUGGGAACGAAAAACAGGCCUGACUUGGUAA